UCAGUCGUUCAAUAAUAACCAACAUUACCGGCUAUUGUAAGUUUUGGGUGAUGUGGCAUCUACGUGGCUUGUACGCUACAAUACUCAUCACCUACGUGGCAUUGAGAAGUGCUUACAUUAUAAGAGGGUGAGAUACGACAACUUAUUAAUUAAAACCCUAGAUCGAUCGAUGGCAUCUUCUUCCUCAUCCUUUUCUUCCAAACGACAAGACGAAUUACAAUCGGAUCAUCCAUGUGAUUGCGAUUUGCCAUCUCGUGUGAAGACAUCAAGAACCCCAGACAAUCCUGGAAGGAAAUUCAGAGUUUGUCAAAACUCACUGAAUGGAAAAAGUCCAAGCUGUAAAUUUUGGCAAUGGUUGGAUGAGGAUGAAGGGAGGAAAGAUGGAAGAGGGCAUUACAGGAUGAAAGCAGAAGAAAGCUGCAAUCUUACCUUGAAAAUUUGUACCUUGGAGAAUGAAAUCAGCAUAUGUAGGAUGAAGAUUGAAGAAGAGAAGAACAGGAAUAAACAAGAACUUGACAAAGUCAACUGGAAAUUGUUUACCCAUAGACUUGCAUUAAUUUUCUUGUUUCUCUUGUAUGUCAAAAUGUUUUUUUAAAUUAUGUAUUAUGAUGUAGUAUGACUAAAUUAUGUAUGCUUUUGUGAUGUUUUCAAUGAAAAAGGUUAUAUUCUAUCAUUGGAAUGGAA